AUGCCCCCAAAGCAAGUUUGCAAAUACUACCAGCAAGGUAAUUGUCGAUAUGGCAACUCGUGCAAGUUUUUACAUUCAGAGCCCGUCAACGCUGGGCUAAAAGCUUUUCAGGAAAGAAACCCGGCAGAUGUGGCCAAAAUCAUCCAAGCAGACCUUAAAGAACUAAAGGAUUUCCAAAUACGACCCGCUCUAACUACAUACGGUGUCAAUGAGUACACUGCUAACAGUUUGAUUGAAGGAAGAGAUAUGUCGUUUGAAGAGCUCCGACUCAAGUACAUGGAGGCAGCCGCAACGAAUACGCUAGAUGCAUACAAUAAGGACCUUGAGUUGAGGCAAAAAGAUAUGGAAUACUGUAUUAACGAAAUCAAGAGUAAGGACUCUCUUGCGGCUCGGUACCAGCAAGUGGGAAUGACCAGGAAGGAUCAAUUGAAGCCAUUCAUACCCAAGACACUUGAGCAGAGCAUGAAUGAUUUAAGAAACAGUCAUAGUGGUUUUGGUGCGUCGUCUGGAUUUGGAUCAGCCAAUAGCAACUCUGGAUUUGGAUCUACUAAUAGCAACUCUGGAUUUGGAUCAUCGGGUUUUGGAUCAUCGGGUUUUGGAAACUCGGGUGCCUUUGGUUCUCAGACAACAUCGCCGUUUGGGCAACAAAAUACUCAGUCAUCAGCAUUUGGCAACCAGAACUCGGUAGGAGCCUUUGGAAAUCAAUCCACAGGAGGAGCCUUUGGAAAUCAAUCUACGGGAGGAGCCUUUGGGAAUCAAUCUACAGGAGGAGCCUUCGGAAGCCAGAAAACAGGUGGAGCCUUUGGGAACCAGAAUACAGGCAGUGCUUUUGGCAGCCAGAAUACAGGCGGUGUUUUCGGAAAUCAAAAUUCAAAAUCGGCGUUUGGCCUGUCGUCGAAUGGGACAUCAGGAGGAGCGUUUGGCUCCUCAGGCUUCGGUUCCUCUGGUUUUGGUUCAACAACUAGCAACAAUGCUUCGGGUAGUGCUUUUGGCACACUGGGCUUUUCAAACAACACAAGCGGGAACCCUAGUGGUUUUGGUGGUGCCUUUGGCUCCCAGAAUACAAAAGGAGCUUUCGGCUCCCAAAUAACCCUGACGGAUACCAAGCCGUUUGGGUCAAGUAGUGCUGGUGAGAACAAGUCUGCACAGCAGUCAACGCAACAAGGAACGGGCUUUGGCUCCAGCGGCUUUGGCCAGUCAGGGUUUGGCCAAUCUGGUUUUGGUCAGUCAGGGUUCGGACAAUCAGGAUUCGGACAAUCAGGAUUCGGACAAUCAGGAUUCGGACAAUCAGGGUUCGGCCAAUCAGGAUUUGGUCAGUCUGGAUUCGGAAAACCCGCUUUUGGCAGUUCUUCUGGCCAGUCAGCAUUUGGGUCAGCUAAUCAGUCUACCACGACAUCAGGUUUCGGACAGAGUGGUUUUGGUACAUCAGCUGAAAAUAAACCCUCACCCUUUGGCCAAGCAACAGAAUCAAAGGGAUCUCCUUUCGGACAAAGAUCAGAAACGAAGGCCUCGCCGUUUGGCCAAACCACAGAAACAAAAGCAUCUUCAUUUGGCCAAAGUGCUCCAUCGACAGCGUCUUCCUUUGGCCAGUUUGGUCAGGCAAAAGCUAGCACUGCAUCAACUCUGUCGCUGUCUACAUUUGGGCAAUCAGCUUUGGGAAAUACCACUUCAGAGCAAACAACCUCAAGUCCUUUUGGCCAGUCUUCUUCCAAGCCUGUGCAGACAUCUACGCAGAACCCAUUUGCAGCUACGAAACAGCCAGGUUCCACAAGUUCAUCAAAUCCCUCUAGUCAAAGUACCCAAGCCGGACUCGGAGCUUUUGGAGGAUUUUCCAGCACCUCAGCUAGCGAAGAUACUCUGUCGCCAUUUAAGAGAGAUUCACAAACUCCAGAAGCAUUAGCAAGCUCAUCAAAUAAAGCAAGUGAUCUUGUACCCCCAGCAUUUCAUGACCCGAUGUUUGAGCUCGGCAUGAUCCCCGAGUGUCCACCGCCAAAAAGCAACCAUGGCAUGAUUUGUGUGGAAUGUACAAACCCAGACAUCAAGCAGCUCUUCACAGAGUUCAAAAGCAAGUACAUUCAAAUGACAGUCUGUCCUAAAUGUGGAAAGUUGGCUGACAAGUAUAUCGAGUUCGAUUAUGUCAUUUUGUUCUUGGAUGUGCUUCUUUUGAAACCUCAGGCAUACCGACACUUGGCAUUCAACGUUGUGGAGGAGUCACUUUUCUUCAUCACAGACGACAUUCCUUUCUUUGAAAGGUAUAAGAAACUUUUGCGGUAUGCUACUCUCACAAUCCUCUUUGAAGUGUACCUCAAUUGGGCAUACGAAGAAAGAAAUGAUAUCCACAGCGUGAUAGUGGCACAAAUUUUGCAGAAACCAAUACCACUUCAGUACAUGUUUUUCAUUUUCCAGCAAUUGGCAGAGAGAAUUGUUCUCUGUGUUCUUAUAGACAAAUUGCUCAGAACAUUUGCGGGGUGGGGGAGAAACCCGAACAGGAACCUUCCUGAGAAAUUUCACAGAGGAUAUUUUGUAUCAGUACUUUUACUGACAGUAUUCAUGUCACUUUCCAUUAAAUGCAUCCCCAUAAUCAUGUUGAUAUGGCCGUACGAUAAUCCGCAGGUGGCAUCCGUGGUGGUGGACAUUCUUGGUUUGGCCAACACCAUAGAAGCCCUACGGUUGAUCGUGGGAUCCUCAUACAUUCUGAUAUCAACUAUUGUCAUAGUUGCAACGUUGGUGCUGAAUUUGUUUCGUAAAUUGGCUGUCAGCCUCUUAUUGACUGCUUUCACAGAGCAUCGUUUUAGCUACCUAUUCGCGAGCGAGCUCUGGCCAUGGUUAAAGCUAGUGCGCUUCUGA